AUGACCUGUACCUGUAAUGAUAUUACAGUAACAAAACAAUUUGAUCAUAAAAAACAUGAAGAUGUUACGGAAGCCGUCACACAGAAAAUACGUAAAAGAUGUUGUCCUUACAACUUCGAUGGUAAGAUUUGCAGAACAGUAGGAGAUAGGCUGCUCUGUGGAUACAACAGAAAUAUUGGGAGUCCUCGUGGUGAUGAUGGGCUAGUUAACUUGAACAAUGGAUGUAUCAUUCGUCGUGGUAGACUCGAAUGUGGAUAUAUAGAGCCUCCUUAUAUGAAUUCAAGAAGGCCACCCGUCCGCGAUGAACAACAAGUACCUAAUGAAAAUAUUAAUGAAGAGAAUGAGUCUGAUAAUGAAAUUGAAAGCCAGAAAGAAACAGAAGUUAAACACAAACUAUUGUUAAAGAAAACAACGCGUCCUUAUCAACUGUCAAACAAAUAUCGCGGAUCUACUAGAUGUCUUGAAAUUCAAGAUCGCAUUGUGUGUCGCCAGUUUUAA